GACGUCACAGGUGGAGAUGUCAUGGCGUCGUCGGAGCUGAGACUGGAGCUUGCCAUCUAGUUAAAGGUUGUCGUCGAUGCGCUCAGCGAAAUGGAGAAGAAUGCAAACCCUUAUCGAGACGCGGGAGGAAGUGUCCUGUGCACCGCUAUCCCCGCAGAACCCGUGGAUAUCAAAACAGUGGGCGGAAUGAAAGAUGUCUGCGAGAAGAGAGAGACUUUGAGUACUUGUGCAAGUGCUAGCGGUGCUAAUGCUACACCCUGCACACAGACAUCAGAUGCUGCUGAGACAGUAAGCAAGAGCGUUUUACCAGAGGCUCUGUCUGCAGCGGAUCAGCUGAGCAACGGGAUGGGACACGAACCGCCGUCGACCGCUGCGGGGAAUAAUGAGGGUGGCACCUCAAAGUUACUCAGCAACCCCACAGGAGAGCAACCCGACAUCAGUAACGUGCGCGCGGACGGUUUGGAUGGAGGGAUGCAAGAAGCGGCGAGGUUGGCCAAGUCUGCCUGUUUGAGCUCGGAAAAGGCAAAACCCGCGAGCUCGAAUUCAAACGAUCUCACCGUUUCCGAGGGUCCUGCGAGUGGGAGUGAGCCCAGCAUCGCAGGGGAGUCCCGAAGCUUUGAUUCACUGGAGUCUUUCUCUAACCUCAACUCCUGCCCGAGCUCAGACCUCAUCAGCGAGGGACUGGAGGAAAAGGGACUGAAUUUGGCGAUUCAGAGUGAAUACGGGGCUGAGGGAACAAAAAUCCCCUGUCCUAAAGACAGGGUGGCCGGUCAGUCGUUGUACCACAUCAAGUGGAUAAAGUGGAAGGAGGAGAACACGCCUAUCAUCACACAGAACGAGAACGGCCCGUGUCCGCUGCUGGCUAUUAUGAAUGUCCUGCUAUUGUCAUGGAAGGUCAAGCUGCCGCCAAUGAUGGAGAUAAUAACAGCAGAGCAGCUGAUGGAAUAUCUAGGAGACUAUAUCCUUGAAGCCAAGCCAAAAGAGAUCUCGGAGGCUCAGCGGCUGAACUACGAACAGAAUAUGAGUGAUGCUAUGGCAGUGCUGCAUAAACUGCAGACGGGUCUGGAUGUAAACGUGAAGUUCACAGGGGUGCGGGUGUUCGAGUACACACCCGAAUGCAUCGUCUUUGACCUGCUGGACAUCCCACUCUACCACGGAUGGCUGGUUGACCCACAGACGGCUGAUAUAGUUAAGGCAGUGGGGAACUGCAGCUAUAACCAGUUGGUGGAGAAGAUAAUCAGCUGUAAGCAGUCAGACAACAGCGAGCUGGCCGGGGAAGGUUUUGUGGCAGAGCAGUUCCUAUACAGCACAGCGACUCAGUUAACAUACCACGGCCUGUGCGAACUCACCUCUACCGUACAAGAGGGAGAACUGUGUGUCUUCUUCAGGAACAAUCACUUCAGCACCAUGACCAAAUUUAAGGCCCAGCUGUACCUGCUGGUGACGGAUCAGGGGUUUCUCACUGAGGAGAAGGUGGUUUGGGAAAGUCUGCAUAAUGUCGACGGAGAUGGAAACUUCUGCGACUCAGAGUUCCAUCUGAGGCCGCCCUCUGACCCGGAAACUGUGUACCGUGGUCAGCAAGACCAGAUCGACCAGGACUACCUGAUGGCGCUGUCCCUGCAGCAGGAACAGCAGGCCUCAGACCUGGGUUGGGAACAGAUCCCAGAAGGCAUCAGUGAUCUAGAGCUGGCCAAGAAGCUGCAGGAGGAGGAGGACCGCAGAGCAUCCCAGUUCUAUCAGGAGCAGGAGCAGGAGCAGGCAGCGGCUGCAGCAGCUGCGCAGGCACAGGGACAACAACCAGCAGCGGGUGCCGACCAGGUGGAUAGAGCAGCAGCCGCUGGAGCCUCAGCAGGGGGAGCCACGGCUUCUCCAAGCCCAGGCAAGCAGCCCUCAACGGGGGAACGCAAACCCAAGAAAGAAGCCAAGGACAAAGACAAAUGCAUCUUGUUGUAACAGCAGUGGGCUCUGUGUGAAGUGCGAAAAGGGCAGCAGUUUAAUUCCAGUGGCUCUGCAAUGCAUCUCCCAGAUGGGGAUGGGGGUGGAGAAAGAAUAGGCUACAGAGAGGACUUGCCAUUCUCAAGCCACUUGUGCCUGACUUAAACCCUCGGAGUUCUGAACAUGCAGACAAGAAGAGAGGGGUGUCACUACAAGGACUAUCACUACAUCUUUCGUAGAGCUGGCCAAAUGUUCUCAGCAGGAAACCCACUGCAGUGCACUAUAUUGGUGUGGGUCACUAGGGAGGGAGGGUUUUUGUAGUAAAACAAGGUAGUCUACACAUAGCACUAGGCAAAAAGGUACCCCCUCCCUCAAAAACAACAACACCUAAACGACAAAAAACGGCAAAAAAAAAAAAAAGCUGAUGGCACCACUUUUUUCAUUAUACAAAGCAUUUUCUUUUUUGUGUUGAUUUCCGUUAUUGCUGUUGUUUAUAAGCUAUUUUAUACCAGUUUACCCGUAUAUAUACAUAUGUAGAUUUGUUGUAUUGGUCAGUUUCUGUUGAUUGACUGAAGGAUAUCUGAGAUCUUUUAAUGAAAGGCCGUUCACAUGAGCAGGUAGUAAGCCAACAUGUCACUUGGCGAAGGUGAUGUCUCAGGACAUGAUGUAGGCCACUGUAGUUCUUUGCCUGGCAGUUUGACGCCAAAUUUUGCAUCGUUCAUAUUGUAGAAGUAACUUCCUUUUUAGAGAGUGAGCUCUUGACAAAUGCAUUCAAAAAGGGUUUUCUUUAUUAGGUAGUUGAAAAAGAAUGAUUUUUGCCAGUUGGACAAUAACUGUUAAUAUCAGUGAGCAACUGACACUACCAUUAAUGUAAAUAGCUUUUAAAUAUCAAAAUCAGUAGGUUAUAUAAAAAUACAUGUCCAAGUUUUUACUUAGCCCACUUCUGUUAAUCGGCCCAAAGGCGAUAGUCUAAAAAUGGCUGAACAUUGGCCAAAGCUAACCGAUAUAUCGGUCUAUCACUAGGCCUAGCUAUUAAUUUGACACUCUUUCAUGUAUAUUGUAAAUACUCAUUUACACUAUAUGGAUGUAAGGUAGGGAAGGAUUACACAGCCCAUUUCUGUUCCAGUGCUGCCUCCUGAGAGACAAGGUCUUUUCUAUCCAAACAUUCCAGCUAUAUGCCUUGAACUGAGCAUUGUUCUGAGCUUUACACUCAGAGAAGCGUUAACGUUGUUCUGCUCUCGCAAUGCAAGAAUGAACAAGUCCUGCAUGUAGAAGAGCCUCAUGAUAGUGUAGUCAAUCGAACAGACCGUUUGAUUACUCUGUGGUUAGAUAGGAGCACAGUAGGGCUGGAGCUGUUCACUUGACGUUUGGUCCCCCAGUGGCCAAUACUCUGUAUAUAAAAAGCCUUACAAUAUUUAAAGUAUCUUUUAUACCGACAAAAGCAGGUGAGAGACGAGACUGAGACAAUCUGUAGACCUUACCAUAGACAGAAAACCGCACAGGCCUUCACAGAAGGAACAUAUCCAUGAGUGUCUUGCAAACAGUUUGACGUGUGUUAGCUUAUUUGGUAACGGACAUAGAUUCAAACUAUGUAAAAUGUGAAACGUGAGGUUUUAUUUGAAAAAGUCUCCUUUGCUAAGGGCUUGUUCACACCAAAAUUAUUGAAAAAGUCAGUUGCGACACUACAGUACUAUAGUUUCAUACAAAAGACAAUAAUGCUGUUUGUUAUAAGCACGAAGUAGUUAUGUAUUAAACGCUCAAGAUUUUUAACGUUUUAGAAAUUCUUCUGCUAAAAAACAAACAAAAAGAAAACUUCUGAAAUUCAAUUUUUUUUCUCUGUGGCAUACGCAAUGUCAUAGAAUAUGGAAAGCUUAUUAAAACCGUAGUCCUUGAAAAGAACAGCCCUAUAAACUUUAUAGUUGUAACUACUAUUUAAACCCCAAAUUGGGCUUCUAGGAGAAAUCGUAUUUUUAUUAUUUUUUUGUUCAAGUUGUUACCUGAGAUUAAUUGGUUGGCAUACUAAUAGUGUUUUGGCCAGAAAGUGCACAAUAGCAUAUGUUAGUCUGUAUUUGUCAUGUUUUUAUUGUUCCCUAGACGGUACACGUCUAGGGUUACGGUUAGGUUAGACAUUCACUAUGGUUUUACACUACACAAACAAGAUUUACAUUCAUCUAUCAGUGAGCCUCUUUCACCUUUUCGACUGGUGUCAUGGUAGGAAGCACAAGCUAGUCACUAUAGAGUUGGGAGAGAAAUGUCUUAAAGGGUUUAUACUGGGGUUCGUGCGGUGAAAUGGGAUGAUAUUAAAUAAAUCAUGUUUUCAUCAAACUUGGGAGAGCAAAUGUCUCAUUGUGUAAACAAGCUGACACUUAGGUUGUAAUUCAAACCCUUCCUCAACUGUUACUCUUGCAGGUUAGGUUAAAUCUGGACAUUCCAAGGUGCUUUUGAUCAGUGGCAUGUCUGGUUAAGGACUAUUUGCAACAGACUUCAGCACACACAAUAUGUACCCAUUGUGCAUUAGAUUGUGUAAUUUGUAUUGAUUGCCAAUAACUUUAUCCUUCUGUAAUGUGCUUCAGCUAUAACCAUUUGCUUAUCAACUAAUCUUGUUAAUUGCAGAUGUGUAAAUCGUCACAAGGACAUACAUGUUAGUGGGAUACAUACUGAAAUGUCAUAUUUAUAGAAAGGGGGGAAAAGUGGAGUUUGUGGGUGCGAUCUCCAUAAAGCAGAAAGCCCAUAUCAAAGAGAAAAUAGAUGGAAAAUGGCUUCAAACUGUUUAAUAUAUUUAGCUAAAGCUAAUUUUGACCUCCAAAUAAUAUCAGUAAAUAUAACAAGGCCUUGUCUGCUUAGUUGGCCGUUGGUGUGCAGCACCCAUUAAAGCUCCAUUAUAGGUCCUAGACCAUUUUAGUUCUUUAUGCACUGUUAAAUGCACUAGAUGAGAAAUAUACCUCUUUUUAUACAAAAUUAGGAUCACUAGUUUGUUUGGUUACAGCCGAAUCUGAUUCAUAACACUCAAUAAGUAUCAUUUUUUGCAAUAAGGGUUGUACUUAUGGAGCUUAAAGAAUUGAACGUAACAAGGAACUUUCUAAUGGUUCAGGUUCAUCAUAAAUGCUGUCAUUUACAUUUUCUUCCUUGCCAUUCCAAGAUAGGAAAUGUUUGCAAGACGUCUCAUGAAUAUAAUUUGAUGUUUUUAUAUCUUAGUGCCAUCAAGCAAAAUGGGAAUGAAAGCAACUAAUGAUGAGAGUUUUUGAGUGAGUUGAUCCAUGUUGACGGGGCAUUACCAUAGGUGAUUUAAAACCAAUGACCAGAGAGGGUAAUUGUCUUCUGAAUGCCACACAUUACACAUGGCACACCUUUCUGCCAAUGAUGGGAAAUGGAAAGUUUUCUCCUGGUGCAUUUGUCUUGUUAAUAGUACCGGGUCAGUCCAUAAUGGAAAUGCAGUUGUGAUGCAUGUUUAACAACUGAUUACAAAAUGUGCUUCUAAAUCAUUUUAAAAAACAGUCCCAUUACCAUUUCAAUUUUAUAUCCUUUAUACGUGUAUAUUUACACAAAACAUUUUAACUUAGCAAAAAGAAAAAGGACAAAAAACUAAAUAAAAUCAGGAUAUUAUAAGAGUCAACCUUCCAUUGUGUAAGGUUCAUUAAUGACCAAAAACAUGUAGCCCAGUGUCAACAAGUAAAUGGACAACUUUUCUGUAACAAAUGCCUUAGACAAGGGACAAUGCGUCUGAUUAAAGGAAAUCUGGUCUGUGA